GGCUGAGUCGUCGAUGGAAAAAUACGAACUCAUUAAUUCGUGCAAUAGAAUAUUACACCGCAUGUCUGAAGGCCUAUCAAUCAUGAUUGCGAUACUGACCCCAGAUGUAAAGCAUUCCCCGAGGGGGAAGUAAUGACAAUUUCAUGUUCGCAAAGUAUAUUAUCCUUUUAGACCAGUCAGAAAAUUCAAAGUGGAGCAGUAGUUCCGGGUGCAGUGGAUCACUUGGUGUAGUAUCGUAUUGAUAAUGACAAUUUGGAGACCAAAGAACUUGUAUGAAGCUCUGGUGCCGGCUUACAUUGUCCGCGCAAUACUCGGCUUCGCUAUGAUACGUUAUCCUAUGGAUAAACCCAGAGUGAAGCUUACGAUUAUCCAUUCAAUUGUUGUAUUCACCACCUACGGGUACUUCUUCGUGACCAUUUUCCUCAGCCACUGGAAUUCCAUUGAAAUGCAGAACCGGCCAAAAGUUACGUACAUAUUAGUUGUUAUGUACAAUAUCUGCAUGAUUUUCAUGAUUAUUUCCGCGUGGAUCAAUCAAAAAAUGGACCAGGAGACGCUGCUCAUGUCGUCGGAACUGGAGCAUAGGCUAGAUGCCCUGGGGAUUAAAUGCAACUACCAACAGAUCGUUAUUCUCCAGCUGUCGGUCAUAUUUGUCUGGUGUGUGAUGACACUUGCGUUGAAUUUGUCAUCAUCGAUAUGGGCAAUCGGGCACUUUCCCACAUUCUGCUAUUUUCUGGAAUGCAGUUGCCUAGCACAUGCCAUCAACAUCAACUCACUCAUGGAGUUGAGUUAUUUCAUGGCAAUCAGACAUAUAACUCGACGAUACCAAGAUAUCAAUGAAUUCUUGGAAAAUAUGGAAUUAUCAAGUGCUGAUGGACAAUUAGGGACUGAAUACCGGCUGCGGGGUCACCAGACAGGAAGUUACAGGGUUCAUGUUGGGUCAUUUCUAACGAGAAAAAAAAUUAUGAGAUCCCUACACAACUUGAAACACGUGCAUUUGGAGCUCAGAAAAUUGACGCAACGGGUGACUCGGAGUCACGCAACUCAGCUGAUAUUCCUGAUGCUAUCGUCCUUUUUCCUCAUCACCUGGAUGCUCUAUGUGAUGUACAAUACGAUAAUGAUCACCGAAGUAGCCACUUCAGUAAAAUGGAUACGAGGUUGCACUGGUGGUGUAGUUGUUGUUUCCAUUGGCUUGAAGUUGGUGUCCGUCAACUGCAUCUGCGCGACGGCUGAAUAUGAAUAUGAAAGAACGCGGGCGAUCCUUCAGAAAUUGGUGAUGAAUGUCAGGGAUCGUGAGCUCCAACGUGAAGUGGAAAUAUUCUCACUCCAAAUAAUGACCGUUCAGUUGAGUUUUCAGCCUCACGGCCUCUUCAAGAUAGGAAACUCUUAUAUGGUGAAGUUCAUCGGCACAGUGACGACUAAUUUAAUUAUUUUGAUCCAAAAUAACGUGCCCAUUGAUGAGUAAAUAAUCCUCGCAACUGGCUAUGAUGGAAUCGUCUUCGAGUGGCUGUGACAAAGAACAUUGAAAGCACAUGGAAAUAAUUGUAAGGAUCAUUAAAAUGAUUGAAUAAAAUCGGUGUCAAGAUUUUUCGGCGAACAAUUUUCUUUCGGAGAUGUUCGGAAAAAUCAUCCAGAAAAAGUCCUGGAAGUCUGAUCUUCAUUGAUAAAACUGAUGAUUACCUGGUAAUAUCAGGUUUUUACGGGAAAAAUCAUCGUCGAUAAAUUAUUCACCGCGGAUUUGAAUACAAAUUUAAAAAUUAUGAAAAACACGUUUAUUAAUAAUUCUAUUGUUGUAUCGCAAGACAACUAUGAGGAAAAAAGUUUAUUUUACCAGUUUCGCGUGCAGUAAAUGUCAUGUGAACAAAAAUCACUGCUAAUAUCUCUCUUUCUCUUUCAAAACUUAUAUUUUCAAUUGUUAUUAGUAUCAGUAAAUUAUUGCUUUCACUCAGAGCUUGAUAGAGAAAAUGAAAAAGGGGAAAACUGACGGAAAAAUUCCGUAUAAUUUCGAUAAAUUUUUCGCUCUCGAAUUGCGGAAAAAACGUAAUUUUUAUUGAAUUUUUAUUGCUCCUCGACGUGAGGUGCAAUCAAUCAAAAAAUUAAUUAUUAGAAUAUCUAUCAAUGAUCAUCCAUCACCAUUCACGAGGACUUCGAGGAAAGUCAUUUAGCAUUGGACACGCUCAUCCCUGACGUAGG